ACCAACUCGUCAACCUCAUCGCCAACUGUCGUACCUGAAUUGACCAAAGACCAACUCAGACAAGCGACUCGGACACGCAAAGCAUUCGCCUUAACCACGUCCUUCUUUCUCUUCAUCACCGUCAUAUUUUUGAUCCUCGUCGAAAUUGGAGGAACGUACAAUAGAUCCGUCAUCCGUAAUUGGUACUUUAUCAGACUCGACCUGAGCCACAUCAUUCCCGCAUCCGUACCCAACUUUGCCCUGAUCAAUACGAUCGCACAGACACUGGGCCUGCACGAUUUCUACCAAGUCGGAUUAUGGGGUUUCUGCGAAGGAUAUAAGGGGGAUGGAGUGACGUAUUGCUCUCAUCCUCAGACCCUCUAUUGGUUCAACCCGGUCGAAAUUUUAAGAAAUGAACUGUUGGCUGGAGCAUCUAUCAACUUGCCAAACAACAUCAACGACAUCCUCGACCUUAUCAAGCUAGCGUCUCAGGUCAUGUUUGGUCUCUUCCUAACCUCUGCCUGCUUGUCCUUCGUACUCAUAUUUGUUGCUCCGAUCAGCGUAUACACGAGAUGGCUUGCUCUGCCGGUAGCAAUACUCACCUUCCUCAACGCCCUCUUCGUCACCGCUGCCUCCGUCGUCGCCACGGUCAUGUUCGUCAUCUUCCGCAAUGUCAUUAGCGGUGUUGCAGAACUAAACAUCAGCGCCGAUAUUGGGACCUACAUGUUUGGGUUCAUGUGGACAGCGAGUGCAUUUGCCAUCUUCUCCUGGCUCAUACAGACAGGUCUGUGCUGUUGCUGUGCGAGCAGGCGAGACAUCAAGACGGGAAGGAAGAGGGGGAAUGAAAAGGCCUAUCAA